AUGACAACUACUACUGAUUUAUUAUUGAAAAACAAUCAAGAAUUAUUUAAAAAAGCUAGCCAACAUCAAUUGACUAAUGAGUGGUGUUUGGGUACUUUAAGUGAUCGUGCUUUAUACAUUUAUUUGGCUCAAGAUCUAAUGUUUUUUGAAGAUUCCUUUAGAUUAAUUUGUAAAACCACUUCCUUAGCUCCAGAUGCUGAUAGUAUGAUGACUUUGGGUAGAAAAAUCGGAUUCUUUGCUAGUGAUGAAAAUACUUAUUUUAGAGACUGUUUAAAAUUACUUGCCCCAAGUGUCACUGAAGAAGAAAGAAAAAAGUUCACGAAAGUGCCAUUGAAGGAAGUCUCAAGAUACUUGGAUUCCAUUAACGAAAAAUUCAAUGACAAAACCUCUAAAUACACUUAUCCAGCUUUGAUUACUUCAUUAUGGUGUGCAGAAUUAGUCUAUUUGAAGUGGGCAAGAGAUUCACCAAGAGCUGAAAACUUGCACUGGAAAUACCAAACAUGGAUCGAUUUACAUGACGGUGAACAUUUUGAAACCUGGUGUAAGUUUUUAGAAGAGGAAGUCAACAAAUACUCGAUCGAAGAAGUUCAAGAAGCUUUUGCAAAAACUUUACAAUUAGAAUACGAAUUCUUCCAAAGUUGUUAUGAAGCAUAG